AUGGACUGUCCCGGCGGAACCUGUGCUCUACCCAGCUCUACGCGAGAGGAAAAGCGCAAAGAGUACGAGACUGACCCGGCCAACGCGCAGGAGACAUGGGAAAACCUCCGCAACGCCAUCGGCGGGAUAGGACGAGGAUAUUUCAGCGACGACUUCGCUGCGGCGGAGAUAGAGAGCCAGCUGCAUGAUAUCUGGGAUGAGCUCAUACACGCAGCGAAGAUCACGCCAGCCACCAGUGCCGAACUCGACCGGCUUGUCACCUUGGUAUCAGAAACCCGUGCACUAGGGGUCUUCGCUCAGAAUAAGGCAGACAAAGAGGCUGCCCCGGAACGAGAGGGAGCGACGCUGCCCAACGGACAGAAGCUAUGGAUCGAUCUACCCUAUCUGGGCCAGGAAGUGAAGGAUUCAUGGACCAAAGAGUCCAUGGGCUUCACACCAGCGGAGCGUGAGAGCCUUGCAGUGUGGGCAGCAAAGUUGUGUGCUACCUGUAUCUGUCCGGAGGAUCUCAGCCGUUGUGCACUGUGGCUAUUCAAGCAGGCUCUCGAAACUGACAGGCCAGUAACAAAGGAUGGACAGGACGGCAAGGCUUGUCCUACCGUCCACGACCUCCUACCGGCGUGCCUGGCCUGGCUGAAGCACAGCAACAGCAAGCUAGUCAGGCUCUCAUACGAGAAUUACAGAGCAGCACGCGCGUCUGAGGGUGGUAUUAGCAGCGAGGAGAAUAAUGACAGCAGCAUAACUUUGCCGGGUGACCUUGCGGUACAGGCGGGUGUUACCCAGCCAGGCUUUAGCAUUGACCGUUGGCUCUUCUGGAGACAGCGCUUCAAAGAUCUGUAUAGAUCCGGGGUACCAUCAGUCGUCAAGCUGGCCCGGUCCUGCUUUGAGGUGGCCAUCUUCUCUGGCAUGGACGUUGGCCUGGACAUCCCAGGAGAGAGGGUCUAUCUGAGUCGGUUGUUCGAGGCAUUGGACAGGGAGGUCGAGACCAGGGAGUUCAAGGAAUGCGUCGGCGCAGAAGACAUUGACAUCGACAUGGACUGGGACAAGGAGUAG